AUGACAAGCAGAUCAGGUCAACCCACUUGGACACCUGCAAAAGGUGGCAACAAACCAAGUGGAAGUGGGGUCUCGUCAAGAGACAUUGCAUCCCAUAAAACUCUAAAACUCAGAAAGGAAGGGCAGGACACCCAGGAAGAACUGCAGAGGAAGAAGAGGAACCUCCAGGAGGAGCUGAAAGAGAUUGGGGGACAAAUUUUGGAUGAAGAUGGAGAUGUCACCACCUAUGAUGACGACGACGACGACGAUCGCACAGAAGCACAAGAACUUUUGGCUGCUGCAGAUGUUCUUGGAGGAAACCCAUCAAGGCAUAAAAGUGUGAGGAGAUGGAAUGAUGAUGUGGUGUUCAGAAAUCAGAGCCGUGGUGAGACCAAGACUCCUAAGCGCUUCAUCAAUGACACAGUCAGGAAUGAUUUUCGCAUCAAAUUUCUGAAUAAAUACAUGAUCCCGUUCAUGCAUUGA